AAUAUCAUAUUACCUAAUUUUUUUAUUCUAUUUUUCAGAUUAUAGAAGAUCCUAACUUGAAAGUAUUCAAUGAUAGACGAAAUACAAUGAUAAAUGCCUGCAGUAGUAAUGAAAGUUAUACAGCUAAGAAUUCCGAAGGCACUCUUAGGAGCCAUUUUGUAAUAGACAGAAACCAUAAAUUUAUAUAUUGUGCAAUGGAAAAAAUAGGUUCGACGUUCUGGAGACGACUUUUUCAGAUUAUUUCUGGUUCUUCGAAGAAAAAGAGUCCAUUCGAUAUUUCUCCAGGUGCAGCCCUUGGAGGGCAUCAAGAAACUUUCAAAUCAUUAUCAUUUGACGAUAUUCAUUCAGCUCUAGGUUCAUCGAAAAAGUUUAUAAUUGUAAGAGAUCCUUACGCACGUCUGUACUCAGGAUAUAUGGACAAACUUUUCUCAGCGAAUCUUAUGUUCUGGGAGAGCAUAGGAAAAUUUGGUGUGGAAAAAUUUCGAGAUAAACCGUCAAAUAUAAGUAAAAAGUGUGGACACGAUUUGACGUUUACAGAAUUCAUUAAAUAUUUCAUUCAUUCUGAAACUUAUAACAAAAGACGAGAUGGACAUUUUCUGCCAAUGUACGACCAUUGCCGUCCGUGUGAAAUUAAAUACGAUAUCAUAGCCAAAAUGGAAUCCAUGUCUAAAGAUACAUUAAGCGUGCUGAAGAUAUUAAAUAUGACAGAACUGCAUAAUACUCUUGCACAACAAUUUACCGAAGAUACUCGGGACGAUUCGUUCAUUGACCAAACAAAAAUAUUAUUUGGAUCUUUUGCAAGAACUAAAAAUUGUUUAAGUAUUUAUGAAAACCAAAAGCGAAUGUGGACGAAAUUUAAAUCAAGAGGCUUAAUCAGUAAAUAUGCAGAGUUUCCAUUUCAAGAAAGUGAAAGUGUAAGUUUAACGAAGGAAAAAUAUAUAAAAGCUUUACAACAAGCUGUUAAAGAAUCGAAUGACAAAGUUAAAUCUAGACAAUAUCGAAAUGAUUAUUUACAUGAUGCUUUUAUGUCAGUGCCAAAAGACGUUCUAAGACGGUUACAUGCUAUAUUACGGACGGAUUGUCUGAUAUUCGGAUAUGAUUGUGAUAGUCAUCUGUGGGUGAAGAAUGCUUUCCAUUGAUACCAUCUCAGUAGUUCAUGAAUCAUUUUGUUUUUAUAAAUAAAUUGUUAAAGAGGG